UAUGCAGGCAGAUUGGACAACUGUUUUGAAGCUUGCAUUCCAAUGCAUUGGAGUAGUUUAUGGCGAUUUGGGUCCUUCUCCAUUGUACGUGUUACCUGGAGUUUUCCAGAAUGGGAUAGAGCACAGUGAUGAUCUUCUUGGUGUUUUAUCUUUGAUCUUUUACUCCAUUAUUAUUAUCAGCUUGAUUAAGCAUGUGUUCAUCGUUUUAUCUGCAAACGACAAUGGGGAUGGAGGAACCUUUGCACUGUAUUCUUUAAUAUGCAGACAUGCGAGAGUGAGUUUGAUACCAACUCAGCAGACGGAGGAUGAAGAAAUUUCCACUUACAAGUUGGAUUUACCAACUCGGCGCCGAGUAAAAAUGCCUUUAUAUGCAAAAUCAUGGCUAGAAAAUAGCAAUGUAAUGAAGUAUGUUCUUUUGUUGACAACAAUAAUUGGCGUGUCGAUGCUUCUUGGAGAUGGAAUUCUUACACCUUGUAUAUAUCUGUGGCCAGUGGGAGGUCUAAAAGUGGCUGUACCUAGCCUUACAGAAGAUGCAAUAAUGUGGAUUUCAGUGGUGAUUUUGAUUUUCUUAUUCCAAAUUCAAAGAUUUGGAACUCAUAAAGUUGGGUAUAGUUUUGCUCCAAUUCUUGUACUAUGGUUUGUUUUGAUUGCAAUUAUUGGGGUUUUCAACUUCUUGAAGUAUGAUCCUGGUGUAAUCAGAGCUCUUAAUCCAUGCUACAUUAUACAGUAUGUUCAAAGGAAUAAAAAAGACGCCUGGAUUUCUCUUGGAGGUGUUGUUUUGUGCCUUACAGGUUCAGAAGCGUUGUUCGCUGAUUUGGGCCAUUUCAAUAUUUGCUCAAUACAAUUAAGCAGUAGCCUUGUGCUGGUUCCCUCCAUAUUGCUUGCUUAUCUUGGCCAAUGUUCCUAUCUUCGCAAACAUAGUUCUGAUGUUGCCACCGCCUUUUAUAGCUCAAUUCCAAAAGAAUUAUAUUGGCCACAGUUUGUUCUAGCUAUAUUGGCAGCCAUUAUUGCUAGUCAAUCAUUAAUCUCUGCUUCCUUCUCUAUUGUCCAACAAUCAGUAGCACUCGGUUGUUUCCCCCGAGUCAAGGUUGUGCACACAUGUACAGAACAUGAGGGACAAGUUUAUGUUCCUGAAAUCAACACUCUUCUAAUGAUUGCGUGUGUACUAGUCACUCUUGGCUUCAACACAAUUCAAAUAGGCAAUGCAUACGGAAUUGCUGUGACAUUUGUCUUCGUAAUUACAUCAGCAUUACUUGUUCUAAUUAUGAUUAUGAUAUGGAAGACAAAUAUAAUUAUCAUAAUCAUCUAUAUAUUAACAAUAGGUUCAAUAGAGUUGCUAUUUUUGAGUUCUACACUGUACAAGUUUGUUGAUGGAGGAUACCUUCCUUUACUCUUUGCCUUCGUUGUGGUCUCUGUUAUGUUAGUAUGGAAUUAUGGCUACAGGAAAAAGUACAUGUACGAGCUUGAAAAUAAAACUGGAGUAGAAAAGUUUACAGAUAUGAUCUCCAAUACAAGAAUCCAUCGCAUUGAUGGUCUUGGUUUAUUCUAUACUCAGCUUGUUCAACACAUAUCUCCUAUAUUCCCUCGUUAUGUGUCGAGCGUUCCGGCUUUACAUUCAGUUGUUGUAUUUGUAUCAAUCAAGUCUUUGCCUAUCGGUAAAGUUCCUGCAGAGGAAAGGUUUUUGUAAAGAGUAAAGCCUGGAGAAUUAAUAUUUCGAUGUGUUGUGAGAUAUGGAUAUGCAGAUUCAAGAAAGGAUCAAGGGGCUAAAUUCGAGGAAAUGUUUGCUAAUCAUUUGAGGGAAUUUAUUCAAGAAGAUAAUAGCAACAAUGGUGGAGAAGAAAUGCAGCAAAGGGAAAUGGCUUUGGUUGAUAAAGCUUUAAGAGAUUGUAUUGUUUAUUUGAUGGGCGAAAGAGAAGUUGUGGCUGAAAAUGGGUAUAGUUGGUUUAAGAAAUUGAUUGUAGAUUAUCUCUACAAUUGGUUAAGCAGGAAUGUGAUACAACCUGAUGAAGUUAUUUUCAUUCCUCGCAAGCAAUUACUUAAACUAGGCAUGGCUUACGAGUUUUAAAUUGUUGAAGCAAGUUGCCUUCUACGCAUAAUAAAGUUGAGUUGUGGCUCACAAGUAUUAGAACCAUUUGCAGAGCUAAAAUGAUAAUAUAAAUUUAGUAAUGACACAAAUUUAGAUUCCAAUGAACUUCUAAAAUCAUACAGGUAAGUUCUUCCUUUUAUAUUAGUUUAUUUUGCCCUCAUAGAACAUUAGUCUACAAAU